GAACACAAACAUUUUAAAGUUUCUUGUUGACGGAAAGUUCUAAAUAUAUUGAUUAAUUUUUGUAAUUGUCAGUUUAUCAUACGUAUUUCCGUCUCGCCGAUGGUAAAAGAUACUGUGUUGACAUAAAGGUUAUGGCAAGUAAAGGCAGCAAAUCAAAGGGUUCAUCAUGGUUCACUCCAACAUUAGACGACUUUGGACUGACGUCUCCAACCCUGAGUGAGAGGAAACCAAAGAAGAGGCCCAGAGAAGCCGAAAUCUUUAGUCAGUGUGGGAAGAAAGUCCAACAGGGAGGAACUGCUCUCUGGGUUGAAUUGUACGCACCAACGACUAGAGAUGAUUUGGCCGUCCACAAGAAGAAAGUCCAAGAGGUGGAGAACUGGCUGGUGGAGAGCAUGGCAGGUAUGAAGGGCCGCAGAUUUCUCCUCUUGACCGGCCCUGCAGGCUGCGGAAAAACAGCCACGAUAAAGAUAUUAGCAAGAGAGGCCGGACUCACAGCACAAGAAUGGAUCAACCCAACUUCAACGAGUUACAAGUCUGCUUUUAUGGAUCAAGAAAAUAUCUGGAUCUCGGGGGACACUGUCGUACCUGGUAGUCAGACGUCUCAAUUCAGAGAUUUCCUCAUUCGGACGAGCAAAUAUAGAAGCGUGUGCGGGACGGGAAAGGCCGGAAACAUCAUCCUGAUUGAAGACUUUCCCAACGCGUUUCUCCGAGAUCCUUCCGAAUUUCACAUGAUGUUGAGACAGUAUAAAGCCAGUAGCCCAGUGGUAUUCAUCAUGACCGACUCCACCAAUCAGCAAAGCAGUGCUAAGCAUGUAUUCCCCGUCAAUCUUCAGCAGGACCUCUCCAUUAUCAACAUUCAAUUCAACCCCAUUGCAAGUAGUUUGCUGGUGAAAGCCUUGAGUCGUAUUGCAAGUAUGGAGAGCGUCUGCUCGGGACAGCCCAUCCCCCCUAAAGAGGCCCUUCAGACUCUGGCCGAUGCAUCCGGAGGAGAUGUGAGAAGCGCAGUGAAUGCCCUUCAGUUCGCGGCAAAGAAAGAUGUUUACCACAUUCAAGACUUGUUUGCUGGAGGAUCUGAAAAGGGAAAAUCAAAAUCAUCCGUCAAGGCACAAAGAAAGAUAAAGGGGAGCAAAGCUUCUUCAUCAAAAGCAGGUGAUGCCGACACUGAAAAUCUCAUAGCGGUAGGAGGAAAAGAUGCCUCACUUUUUCUCUUCAGAGCCUUAGGAAAAGUUCUGUACUGUAAACGUAACCAAGAAGGUGCAAUAGACCCUCUACCUAAGCACUUGAAGGCAGAAGAACGGUUACCAUUACAAGAAAACCCAGAGAGUAUUUAUGACAAGACAUCAAUGGGAGCAACAAGUUUUAGCCUCUUCCUGCACCAAAAUUGCUUGGCCUUCUAUUCCAGUAUAGAUAACCUGGGGAAAGCAUUGCAACAUCUAACAGAUUCGGAUGUUCUGUCUGCUGAGUGGACAGGGAAAGAUAUUCUGGAAGAUUAUGCUGCAUCUGUGACUGUGCGAGGUUUAAUGCAUGCAAACCAUGAAGAACAGAAGGGCAGUAGGUGGAGGCCGCUGACAAGACCAGUGUGGUACAGCGUCGCAAAGAAAAGCCAAGAGCACUUGUCAGCAUUAAGAGCCGAACACCGAAUGGCCUCGUUCACCUCUGAGGAGCUUACAACUGUGGUUGUCCCACUGCAAGCAAAGAUUUAUGCCGCGACCAGAAGAGGACACUUCUCCUUGACAAGGGAAAUCGGCUCCUUCUCAAAUAUCCAAAUGAAUAACUCUUCCGGUGAUCAAUUAGACGAGCACGAUGCGAAUUCUUCGGUCGUAGAAGACGAGGAACCAGAUCGAGGAGCAGUGAAUGAUGAUACGGAGAACAAAGACACCGAAGUUGAUUUGUUAGAAAACCAAGAGCCCAGUGAUCCUGAUGAAGACUUCAGAAUUGAUGAAUUUGAUGAUUAAAGCCUCAAAGAAGGAUAACUGAAUAUAUUGUAAUUGUAAUAAAAUUAUUUCUGGAAA